GCCGAGGGGCUGUGCCUCCGGGACCAUGUUGCUGCGGACAGCUUGGAGGCGGGUGGCUGCGGCCCUGCCAGCAACUCAGGGGCCGAGGCCCGAGGCACCCACUCGGGGUCUGCGCCUGCGCGGUACGCUCCGGGUCCCGCUUGCUGCUACCCUCCCAGGAGGCGCGCCUUCUUUCUCCUCCGCGCGGCGACGCACCUUUGCAGACCAUGCUCCCCAGUCUGCUGUUCCCUCAGAUACAGCCACUGCUCCAGAGAUGGAGUCAGUGCUGCGACCUCUGUAUAUGGAUGUGCAAGCUACAACUCCUCUGGACCCUCGGGUGCUUGAUGCCAUGCUCCCUUACCUAGUCAACUACUAUGGGAACCCACACUCCCGGACACAUGCUUAUGGCUGGGAGAGUGAGGCAGCCAUGGAACGUGCUCGCCAGCAAGUAGCAUCUCUCAUUGGGGCCGAUCCUCGUGAGAUCAUUUUCACUAGUGGCGCUACUGAAUCCAAUAACAUAGCAAUUAAGGGGGUGGCCAGGUUUUAUAGGUCACGGAAAAAGCACUUGAUCACCUCCCAGACAGAACACAAAUGUGUCUUGGACUCCUGCCGUUCACUGGAAGCUGAGGGCUUUCAGGUCACCUACCUCCCAGUGAAGAAGAGUGGGAUCAUUGACCUGAAGGAACUAGAGGCUGCUAUCCAGCCCGAUACCAGCCUGGUCUCAAUCAUGUCUGUGAACAAUGAGAUUGGAGUGAAGCAGCCCAUUUCGGAAAUAGGGCGGAUUUGCAGUUCCAGAAAGGUCUAUUUCCAUACCGAUGCAGCCCAGGCUGUUGGAAAAAUCCCACUUGAUGUCAACGACAUGAAAAUUGAUCUCAUGAGCAUCAGUGGUCACAAAAUCUAUGGUCCCAAAGGGGUUGGUGCCAUCUACAUUCGCCGCCGGCCCCGUGUGCGUGUGGAGGCCCUGCAGAGUGGAGGGGGGCAGGAGCGGGGUAUGCGGUCUGGGACAGUGCCCACACCCUUGGUGGUGGGCCUGGGGGCUGCGUGUGAAGUGGCACAGCAAGAGAUGGAGUAUGAUCACAAGCGAAUUUCAAAGUUAGCAGAGCGACUGAUACAGAAGAUAAUGAAGAGCCUUCCGGAUGUGGUGAUGAAUGGGGACCCUUAUCACCAUUACCCAGGUUGUAUCAACCUCUCCUUUGCCUAUGUGGAAGGGGAGAGUCUACUGAUGGCACUCAAGGAUGUUGCCUUAUCUUCGGGGAGUGCGUGCACUUCUGCAUCCCUGGAGCCCUCUUAUGUCCUUCGAGCAAUUGGCACUGAUGAGGAUUUAGCUCACUCUUCUAUCAGGUUUGGCAUUGGCCGUUUCACUACAGAGGAGGAAGUGGACUACACAGUAGAGAAGUGCAUUUACCAUGUGAAGCGUCUUCGAGAAAUGAGCCCUCUCUGGGAGAUGGUGCAGGAUGGCAUUGACCUUAAGAGCAUCAAGUGGACCCAACACUAGAAGAGUGGGCCUCUGACUUUGUGCUGUCCUGGUUGCUCCUGCGUCAUCACUGCACGGCACCUCAUUACACCAGUGGGUGUUUCAUGUUCAAACCAGAAUUGAUAUAGCCCAGUUGACUUCAGCAUCAGCUCACCUCCAAGGCAGAAACACAGGAUCUUUCCCGGGUCUCAGCUUUUUUGGUGGGAAACACUCCCCAUUUAUCUCCAGGAGUCCUUCUCUGUUCUUAUGGUCGGUGGAUGUCUCACCCUGAAGCAGAAGGAACAUUUGUUAUGAUCUUGCUUAUAUCCUUGGUGGAGAGAGCCAGAAGAACUAAAAGAAGGCUCUUUGUUCAGGGUCCCUGAUGCUAUACAUGGACAUUUGAGUUGUUGCUUACUGCUACUAGCAAGACUGAUUCCUUCAGGAACAAACAUAAUCAACUAUGAUUUAAUCUUUUUUUGUGGCCUCAGAGGCCACCUCUUCAUAUUGACUGUAGAUGGAACAGAAAGCUUGUCUUUCUGUUCUUCUUUUCUUUUGACCUGGUGGAGCGAGAAAUAUCUAUAUGAUACUACCCAUUAUUCUAAUAAUUUGUUUCUUUUUAAAAAUUUGUUAAUUUGCAGAUUAGAGAAAUAAAAUCGCCUUCCUCUA